CGACCGAGCUGAAGAAAUUGGAGCUCGUUGGGACUGUGGGCACUGAUGUCGAGUUCGGCACCGUCGAAAAUGAGCGCAUGCCAGAAUCCCUUCGCAACCUCAGCAAGGAUGAGAUUACAACUCUCAACCAAAAGCUGGUCCGCAAGGUUGACCUCAUCGUCCUGCCGAUCAUUGGCAUCCUCUACAUCUUGAACUAUAUCGACCGUCAGAACCUGGCUGCAGCAAAGUUGCAGGGCAUCAUGGAAGAUCUCGACAUGACGACCCAGCAGUUCGCAACCGCGAUCUCGAUCCUCUUCGUCGGCUACCUUCCCUUCCAGAUUCCGAGUAACUUGAUCAUCACAAAGAUCUCAAGGCCUGGUCUUUACAUUUGUGUCGCUGUGGUUAUCUGGGGUACAAUAUCCGCUGCAACAGCGGCCGUGAAGACUUAUGGCCAGUUGUUAGCAGUGCGUGCUAUUCUAGGAGCCGCGGAAGCUGUGUUCUUCCCUGGCGCAAUCUAUUACUUAUCGGCAUGGUACAACAAGACUGAGCUCGGAAAGCGCAUCGCUGCAUUGUACAUUGCGCAACAGUUUGGUAACGCAUUCGGUGGCCUCUUCGCUGCUGGCGUCUUUAAGCUCGAUGGAAGUCAUGGCAUCCGUGCGUGGCAGUGGCUGUUCAUCAUCGAAGGCUCUGCCACGGUUGGCAUCGGUGCGGUCUGCGCCUUCUUGAUGCCGGAAUUUCCCCACAACAGCAAGAUCCUCUCUCCAAUACAGCGCGACCUUGCCGUUUGGCGUAUCGAAUCCGAGUCGGGUGCAGCGGAGGGCAGCACAAAAACAGAAGAUGAAAGCGUGCUGAAGGGGUUCAAGAUGGCCAUUACGGAUCCCAAGCUGCUGCUCCUCAUCUUCUGCAACCUUCUCUCCCAAGCGCAGGGAUCCAUCGCCAACUACUUCCCUACACUCGUAGCGUCACUCGGAUAUAAGGGCACCACCAGUCUUCUUCUGACUGCACCACCAUAUAUCCUUGCGGGCAUCGUGUACUACUGGCUCAUGUGGUACUCUGACCGCAAGAACACCGCAUACCCUCUCAUCCUUGCGUGUAUCGUCACUACAUGUGGAAUGUAUGUCAUUCCAAUGGCGACACUGAAUGUGGGCGCGAGGUACUUCUCGAUGAUGAUCCUUCCUUUCGCCUCAGUCGGACCACAGCUCGUGCUGUACAAGACGAUCAACUUGCACCUUGCACGACCAACGGCCAAACGUGCAGCAGCAUCUGCUUUGGUGAACGCCAUUGGUGGCACGUCCAAUAUCUGGGCUUCUUACCUCUACUAUGCACCACCGCAGUUCUAUGCGGCUUUCGGCACUCUGAUGGGCUGUGCAUUCACUUUCGCAGCCACCAUCACCUUUUACAGAUGGUUCGUCCGUCGUGAGAACAAGCGCUUGGAUUCAGGUGACCCAGAUCAGAUUGCGAAGGUUAUCAAGGGUGGCGUAACGGAGGAGAUGGUCCAGCUCGACUGGCGGUACGAGAUGUACUGAUCAACCUUCGAUGGGAUAGAUCAUCGUAGUAAGGCAAGCUUUCGCAUCGAGGAGGAAGCCGCGUACAACCGAUCGUGUUCAAUAGCUACUACGUAUCUUAGAAGCCUUCAGUAGAACCCAGACCAUGAUCUCGCAAGUGGCGUUGUCGUAGUCCCAACUUCCGUUUUAUUUCCAGUGUUUGACUGUGAGGCGUGAAAAGAGGAACACUAGGAUGUUGUGGCUUGGUGUUG